UGUAGCACAGUUCCAUUCGUCUCUCGGUACGUGAAAAAGCUCUGUGUCCUGCGACUCCACCAUGUUUUUCGAACAAGUUUGAUUCAAGUACUUUUAGUCAAGUGCCGAAAAAGUUGAGGAUAAUGGAGUGUUCCAGUUCGAAAAUGAGUGAUUUUUUAUUGUGCGGGUCGACCGCAUUGAAUUGAAGAAUCGAUGUAUAUCUAUUGAGCACGAGAAGGAUUUAAUUCAACUUUUAUUUCCGUGAGAUGCGGGUGACGUUCGAAGUUGCAGAACCAGUUGUCACAAAGUUGUUGGACAGUGACUACGAGCCACGAUCGACUGUUACACGUAUACAUGUAUAACGGAGAUAACAUCUUGCAACGCACCACUACUUAAACGUUGUGUCAACGUUUACAUUAAAUUCUUCGGCUCUAGUUGUUCCUGACUUUUACGACGCUGAUAACGUUAAAAUCACACUGAGAAUGCCGUAACUCUGAAAAUCCUUUUUUUCCAUGCAUCGAGUUUGGCGAGGAAAUAUCGGAAAACAGGGAAAAAGCAUUGGCUGGAAGGAAGAAUGAUUUCUCAGACGUUCGGACCGACGAAAGAAUCGACGUCGAAGUUUUGUCGGGUCUAUCGGAUUUGACAUACUAUCCAUUAUUAAAGUUUUCCUAUAUCGACAGUCCCAAGAAAAUUCUAAUUGCUUGCUGAGAGGUACACAGUAUCAUGAGAUUGUUGGACCGAACUUUCCGACUCUUUUUUUAUACUUCGAGCUAAAACAGUGUCGGAUCUAGUCAGCUAAAUUCAACAGUGGAAUCGCCUUAUUAAUAUCUCCUCCGAGAAAAAUAAUAUUCAGUGGACGUUUCACUCAGAGUCGUCAAAAUGAGCUCUCCAAAAAUCGAUAAAACUGGUCAGUUCAUCAAUGUUCAAUCAGGAGGCACGAGAUUCCAGCCUUCCGAAAGAUGGCGAAUAAUGAAGAAUAUUCUUAUGAUCGGGAUUGCUUUCAUGGUACAUUUUACCGCGUUCAUGGGCGCCAGCAAUCUUCAGAGUUCAAUCAACGCUGAUGAAUCGUUGGGCACUUUCACCCUCGCCUCAAUCUACGGAAGUCUCAUCUUCAGUAAUAUCUUCCUCCCGGUUUUAAUGAUCAGCUGGCUUGGAUGUAAAUGGACAAUUUCACUGACCUUUAUCGCCUACAUGCCUUUCAUAGCGGCUCAGUUUUAUCCGAAAUUCUACACAAUGAUCCCAGCUGGAUUAGCUGUCGGAUUGGGAGGUGGACCACUUUGGUGUGCCAAAUGCACUUAUCUGACAGUCGUUUCCGAGGCUUAUGCCACGGUUUCUGAUCUAGGCGCUGAUGUUCUCGUCACCAGAUUUUUCGGUUUAUUUUUCAUGUUUUAUCAGAUGGCACAAGUCUGGGGAAAUCUCAUCUCAUCGGCUGUACUGUCGUACGGUUUGGACGUCGUGCCAGCUAAUAUUACCCUAAACAGUACGAUUGUUGCGGAAGUGUGCGGUGCUAAUUUCUGUGGUGUCACAGCCAGCGAAACGGUAAAUCCAAACUUGGAGCCACCACCCCCCGAAAGAAUUCAUCUGAUAUCAGGAAUUUAUUUGGCAUGCAUGGUAUUGGCGUGUUUAAUCGUUGCAUUCGGGGUUGAUUCUCUAUCAAGAUACGAUAGAGGAAGAACUGGAUCGGCCACAGGAAGGACGGGGCUCAAACUCUUGGCUGUGACGUUAAAGUUACUUAAGGAAAAAGCACAGCUUCUCAUUUUACCGAUAACAAUGUUUAUUGGAGCGGAACAGGCGUUUCUGUUUGCUGACUACAAUGCGUCUUUUGUUUCAUGCGCCUGGGGUAUCAGCAACAUCGGCUACGUGAUGAUUUGCUACGGCGUGGCAAAUGCAAUUGCCGCGUUGACGACUGGAUCGGUUGUCAAAGUAACGGGACGUAUUCCAGUUAUGGUAUUCGCGUUUCUUCUACAUACGACAAUAAUAAUAGUACUACUAUUCUGGAAAGCAACUCCCGAGCAAGGCUUGAUAUUCUUCCUAAUGUCUGGAUUGUGGGGUAUCUGCGAUGCUAUUUGGCUCGUACAAGUCAACGCACUGAGUGGAAUAUUAUUUCCGGGAAUGGAAGAGGCGGCGUACUCAAACUUUCGACUAUGGGAAGCUACCGGAUCGGUAGUAGCUUACGCCUACAGUCCUUACUUAUGUACUUACCUGAAGCUUUACAUUUUAUUGGGUUUGCUCGGUUUCGGAAUGGUUGCUUACGGAGUGAUAGAAUCGACCGGAAAGAUAAAAAGAGCCGUUGAUGAAAAGCCCGAUUUCGAGUUAGUUGGCUCACGUGACACAGCUUCUUAAGUCUGGAAACUCAUACGAUUUUUCCUUGUGAACAUCAGGUCGGUGAGACUCAACGAUCGUAAGCACGCAACUACAUCGAUUUAAAAUUUUUAUUUUCAAUUCGAAUGUUAAACUUUUAACUUUGAAACGAAAACAAUAGUAAGUUUGUGCAGAAAAUUGUUCAGCCUCAAAAUUAUCAUCAAUAAAAAAAAGAAAUUUUUAUUAAA